AUUUACCCUAACUCCUCAUUUAGACCCUGACUGGGCACCUUGAAGGGCCCUUGCAAAUAUUUCUUUUUCUCUCCCUUCAUCUAUCAAUUGAAUCUCUAAUCGUUUUGACUCCAUUCAAGCAGAUGUGCGGCAGCUUUGGCGUCUCAAAUACACAUCGACAAUGACCACGUCAAUUGCACCCACCCCAAUGCUAGCCCCAGCACCAGCGCUGGCGGUUAAGCUCUCACCUGCUCCAAGUAGAGCUGCUUCUCCGGCUGUUCACUCUCUCCCACCGUCCGGCAUUGUCACGAGCAAAGAAUGGGUGAUACCUCCUCGGCCAAAACCAGGUCGAAAGCCUGCAACUGAUAUCCCUCCAACCAAACGCAAGGCCCAGAACCGAGCCGCUCAGCGAGCCUUUCGCGAGCGUCGAGCUGCCAGAGUUGGCGAGCUUGAGGAACAAAUGAAGCAGAUUGAAGAUGAAGCAGACCGAGAGCAGGCUGAAAUGCAAGCUCAAAUAUCGCAGCUGCAGGAAGAAGUGGAUCGAUUUAAUGGCGAACUCGUAGCGUGGCGAAGUCGAGCAGAAGGGCUCGAACAAGCUCUCAACCACGAGAGAGAACUAAAAGAGAGAGCGGAGAAAGAGGUUGAAUAUCUGAGACGUGGCCAAACAACCAGCACGGAUGCUGUUCCUCUUCCACCCAGACGGAAUGCUACUCGCAAGCCUGCCGUCUCAGCAACUGUACCUCAGCAGACUCAUCACCACCCAACCCAUCAUCACGAAACUCAACAUCUGCAAUCCGAGCACGCGGCUGCCCCUAUGGGCUGUGGAGGAUGCAGCACCAACGCUCGUUGUGCAUGCAUCGAGCAAGCCUUUAAUAUUUCUCACAUUACAUAUCCCGAGACCACCACCUCGCCAGUUGCUCCUAAACGACCUCACUCGCCACAGAACCGCGUCUCCAAGCGUACUCGUCGCACGAGCGAGCCCGUCAAGGCAGAGCCAGUCGAAUUAGAAAUCGACUUUACCUCCCGUUUCACAUCGCUUCGAGCCAGGACAAGUCUUUCUCCAGAUAUCAUUGAGGUUCCCAGCCCUUCAGCCACUGUUUCGCCCAUGGCAAUUCCAGAUCCAUGCGGCUUCUGUCAAGACGGCACGCCCUGCGUGUGUGCAGAGCUGGAGAACGCGAAUAACCAGUUCACCAAUGUCGAAAACGAGCACGACCGAGAGCGAGAACUCGAGAAUAACCGCCUCGCUCCUCUUCUGGCACCUUUCACACCUCCUCCCUCUGACACCGAUAUCAGCAAUGCCCACCGCCAGUCCAUCUCCUCUUCUGGCCUGCCCCAGUCCUUGAAGCCAGCCACCCUUGAGCCGAGUUCCCGCCACCUAGCUGCUCCCAUUAGCAGCGGCAAGAGCAGCAAUCCCUGUGCCAACGGUCCAGGAACUUGUGCUCAGUGCCGAGCGGAUCCCAACAGCACCCUCUUCUGCAAAUCUCUUGCUGCUUCUCGAGCUGCAGGGCUCGGUCCUCCCGGAGGAGGCUGCUGCGGAGGCGGCGGUGCCAGUGGCGGAUGCUGCCGUUCCAAAGGCCCCCCUACCACCGCCACCAACACCCGUCCUGCACCACCGCCCGCGCCUGAAAACCCAGCUGCUCGUGAUAUCUCACUGUCCUGUGCCGAUGCAUAUACCACCCUUGCCCGACACGCGCACUUUGACCGUGCCACCGAUGAGUUGAAUUCAUGGAUUGGCAAGCUCCAUACCACGGCGGUUCCUCCCCCUCCUUCUUCGUCAAAUACGAGUCGAAACAGCAACCCGCCACAGACCCGUCCAGCGCUAGAGGUCGAAGCUGCCAGCGUCAUGGGUGUGCUCAAGUACUUUGACAGGCGAUUCGGCAGGGAAUGAAUACACGCAUCUGUGAUUGGUGUUCCAAAGUUGCGUUUCAUUAGGCAAACGACGUGAUAAUUAUAAUUACGAGCACAUGAAAGAUGCAUAGGAAACUCUCUUG